UCGUCGGACCAAGCUUUUUUCUUUCCCCCCAUUUUUGAGUCGCGUUGGUUUUAGUCAUUGUCAUAAAUAACAAGUGACGGUUUUAACGUGUCUGACGAAGAAAGGAGAAGUAGUGGAAAAGAAAGGACACCCCUCUAUAUUUAUAGCUAAUUUCUGAUUGUGUGCGAUCGAGUGCAGUGGAUGAACAGGAUGGAAGAUGAUAUUUCAGAAGGAAAAUCUACUAACUCUUCAGGUGCAACACUCUCGCUCACUGCCCUGCGCCUCCUGGUCCCACCACUUCGGUUGGUCUCCGCGGCCGUCUGGCAGACCAUCCAGCAAAAAGUCAUAGCUGAUUACGGGAUGCUUGAGGAGUUUGUGUCUAUGGUUACAGACAUUCUUCCAGAGCUGCUCACCAGCCGCCAGCGGACUGAACUCAGCCUGGGCCUCAGAGCACGGCUGAUCCUGGAGUUAUACCAGCGUGAAGCUCCUGCUGACUUUGAGAUCAUCCAGCCACACUUGGACAGGAUGCAAGUGCUCAUCAAUGCAUGGCUAGUGGAGGCUGGUGGUACUAAUGUAGAACUGCCACAAUCAAACUUUGUGGAUCUUGUAAAGAGCUUGCAGAAUGAUGCUGAAGAGAGAGAGCACUUCUUUCAGAAUGUUUUCCCUGUAGAGUUUGGUCCUGCAUAUGAUGAAACACUUCACACUUUGAUGUGCCUGUUUUUAUCCAGAUUUGAAAAGAUUCUUCAUCUUCAGUCAUUCCAGCAGGUUGCCUCCAUGUUUGGUGAAGCUUCUUCUGCUCUCAAGGACUGCAUGCAGUUGGUGUCUCAGUGUGAAGAGCUCAAAACUCUGCUGCAGUAUCAAAAACACCUUAACCAACUAGAUCAUAUAGAUAGUUCUCUGGAUGGUGAGUGGAUCAUUUCAGCUCUAAACCUUCCCUGUGUAGAGAAAACAGAAACGCUUAAAACACAAGCAAAGGGCAGCAUUUUGGAUGAAUUGUUAUUUUUAUCAGAUUCGGAAAAGGAAUCACUGACGUGUGAGACCAAUGAUGGUAAAAGUGAUUGGACUCCUGAGCACAAUGGAACACAGUUGCCUUUAGGAGAUUCAACAAAACAUGACGGAAAUGUAAAUCUUCAAAGUCAGACAGAUGGUUCUUGUUGUCUAAUCAAAGAGUGCCACGUUCGUCUAAGAAGACUUGAACUGCCACUGUCUUUCCAGUCUCGACCUGUGAGAUCAAACAGAGGCCUAAGAAUGAAAAAGAUUCUCCAAGAGGUGAAAGGACAACUCUGCGGAGAGGCCCUACCCGCUGACAAAUCUAUUUCCACGAAAGCAAAACAGUUCGAGAGGGUUUCUCAAAUGCUGUCAGACAAUGAGGAUUCAGGCAAAGACUCCUCAUACAUGGCUCCCAUCAGUACUUGCAGUGAAGAUGACUCCUGGUCUUACUACUCGGAUAAGGACUCUUGUCAUAACACUGUUAGUAGAAGUCCCAGUGUAACUGAUUCAUGGUCUCACUACUCAGACGACGAGUCUUCAGUUGUGAGUCCUGUUAACAGUUUCCCUGAAGAUGGUUCAGUUUGUUGCAGCUCAGACGAGGACCCUUCGUUCCUGGGUCCUAAACAUGUGUCAGAUUCUAGCAGAAAUCGGGGCACUGCUGGCAUAAAGCAUAGCUCUACCAAACACACUCGUUUAAUCCAGUGCUUUAUCUGCAAAGAGCAUGUCAACACAACUCUGAGAAUUCACAUGAAAACCCACUUUCCCACCAAUGACUACGCGUGCCCUCGAUGCGACAGCAGGUUUAAACUCAUAUCCUCUCUGAAGAAGCACUUGAAUAAGACUUGUUAUGAAUAUGCUCAGCAUCAUGUAGAUCCAGGGAAUCCAGAUGAAGUCAAGAAUCUUUACAAAUGUGACAUAUGCCAAGAGGCGUUCAAGUACAAAGUUGCUCUGCAAAAGCAUACGCUGACCCACAACGAGCUCUACUGCAACGUAUGCAGAAAGGUCCUUCGAGAUGCUGCGACGCUGGCAAGGCACAAAGUUUCACACACUCCGUUUCAGUGCAACCGCUGCGACAAGUCUUUCAGUCUUUUCAAGCCCUUACUCAAACAUUACGAAAACACCCAUAAACUCAGCAGACCAUUCAAAUGCAGCCAUUGCCCCAAAACUCUCCCCAGGCUGCGAUUUUUAAUCAUACAUGAAUGGCACCACACGGGCCACCUGCCGUUCCGGUGUUCUCAGUGCAGCCUGAGAUUCAAAUGUGAUUCUGAGCUCAUGUACCACGAGAGGGUCCACACCAGAGAGAAGCCCUAUCUGUGUGCAGAGUGCGGCAAGACGUUCGCCCAAAAGUCCAACAUGUUGCGCCACCUGCACUUCAUCCACAGCGAGUCUCGCAAUGAGAAGAAGCACUCUUGCUCUCAGUGCGAGAAGUCCUUUAAAGAGAAAGGAGCGCUGAAAAAGCACCAGAGGAGCAAACACUUACACGAGUUGUUCCGCAAUCCAUGUCCGACCUGCGGGAAGAUGCUUUCGGCAUCGACGAUGAAAAGGCAUAAAUUAAUCCACACUGGAGAAAGACCUUUCAAAUGCACCGUGCCUGAAUGCGAAAAGUACUACAGAUCAACCUCGGAGGUUAAGAAACACAUUCUCAUGCACCAUACCACAGAAAGACCGUAUAAAUGUGACAUCUGUGGAAAGGGGUUUGUAAAAAUGUGGUAUCUCAAUGUACAUGCUAGAAUACAUUCGGGAGAAAAACCAUUUGUUUGCCAUAUCUGCGGCAAGGCCUUCCUAAAGGCCUACAGCAUGUUCAGGCACAAAAGACUUCUACAUACAUUUGUUACACAUUAACUACGUGACACAGGAAUGCUUGAUUGGUUAAGGAAAGUAGCUUCUUGGUGUGAAUGCGCAUUGAAUCUGAAUUCUGUCUAAUGGGCAGCAAGGAGCAGAUGUUGCAAAAUCAUUCCCUAUUUACUAUUUAAAGUAUGUAUGUUUUCAUUUGAACCACUUGUCUACCACGAGUGAGUGAUGACAGAGGUCAUUUCCACAGGAAACCAACCAACUGGACAAAAAAGAGAGAGAGAGAGAGAGAGAGACCCUCCAAAUGGUUGUUCAGGGGUAAAGUUAGCAGUACGUUUUAGGUUAGAGUUAGGCACUUAGAUGGUUAAACCUCAGGUAAAAAGUGUGUGAAUACACUGAUGCCAGUGAAUUACCUCACAAAGAUACCUAAACAAAUGUCUGCUUUCAGCUACACAGAAAGAGGAUCACACAGAUUCAAAUAGUCUACAAUGAAACUGAAAAUGUAGUGGUUCCAGCAUGUAAAAUACUUACAGUCCCACAGUUAAAUGUACUCUGUGUGGGGCACAGGCUGCGACGACUGUUGUCUAAGUCAGCAGCUGACAGUACAAUGAAAAUAAAAACACUGUAAACACAAUAAAAAUGCAGGACACAUACUUGAGGUGAAAGAGUUCAGCUCGGUGUAUAAAAGAUCGUUGUGUCUUCUCCCAACUUCAAUUCAUAUGAAGAAUGACCAUAUUUGUUUCAUGUGUACUUUGUAUUUAGCAGUGUAAUUUUUUUUAACUAUUUAGUUUGUUUGAUUUUACAUCAUAUAUGUUUUGUUCUUUUUCAUGUUGUGUAUAAUGUGUUUUAGGCACGAAGAAGAAAAGUGAGCAGCAUCCAGCUUCUGUGGAAAAUGUCAGAAAUGUGUUUUGAUCAUUUUCAUCUGUUUUCUAUCAAGAAAUUAAAAUGGUGAAGCUUUCACUUAAAAUAGUGAUCUUUCUUUCAUUCAUCUAAUUUUGUGGGACUUUGCUCAUGUUUUUGUUUUUGUUUUUUUGUAUUUGAAAAUUGGUAAAU